AUGGCAGGACGGCGACUCCCGGGCCUGGCUUCAGUCUCGGACCUCAUUCGGCUGUACAAGCUCUCGACCCGCAAGGCGCUCUCGCAGAACUUCAUCCUCGACACCAACGUGACCGACAAGAUCGCCCGGGCGGCGCUCGCUGGCCACAACCUCAACGCGACGCAGGUGGUGGAGGUCGGUCCAGGCCCUGGCUCGCUCACCCGAUCGAUGCUGGCACAGGCGCCGGCUCGAGUCACGGUGGUCGAGAAGGACGAUCGGUUCCGCGGCUCACUAGUGGCUCUGGCAGAAGCCGUGGGCGGCGCGCCGGCGCUCGACGUCAUCAUCGGCGACAUGGCCCAGGUCGAGCCGGCCCGGAUCCGUACCGAUUCAGCUGCCGCGCCAGAGCUCGCCCUCGUCGGAAACCUCCCGUUCAACGUCGCCACACCGCUGACGGUGGGCUGGCUGGGUGACAUGGCUUCCUGCUCCGGCCUCUUUGCCAACGCGCCAACCGCACGCGCGUCGAUGACCCUAAUGUACCAGGCCGAAGUUGGCCAGCGGCUGACCGCUGCACCUGGUGAGCCCGGCUACUCGCGCCUCUCGGUCCUUGCCGCAGCUUGCGCCAACGCCAAGGUCUUGUACACCUUUGCGCCCACUAUCUUUGUCCCGCCGCCCAAGGUCUCGGCCUCGGUCGUCCGCUUCGUCCCGCGGCCCGACGCCGUGCUCUCACCAGCCAUCGUCGCCGCCCUACAGGACGUCACCCGCGUCGGCUUCUCGCUUCGUCGCAAGACGCUCCGCAACGCCAUUAAGCGCGCGCCCGACGCAUGGCGUGCCCCUGUCAUCGCCGCUGUCGAGGAUGCCGGCCUCGCAUCUCUGCGCGCCGGCGACGUCCCGGUUGCUGCCUGGCUCGAUCUUGCCCGCGUCGCCGCCGCCUUCACCACCACCGCCGGCACAGUCGCUCCUACAGCCUCUGCAGCCCAAUAGAUCCACUGGUGGUCGCCCGAUGCGCCAGUGCAUCGCCGCGCGGUCCUGCUCUGUAAGCCUCGGCUGCGCAGUGCCGAACAACACGCACCGCCUCACUCUGUCCUCCACGCACGCACACACACUCGCGCCCACACACGCCGCAAUGGAAACAAGGAUGCCGCCGUAGCCUGGCGGUAGCGAUGCUGCUACAUGGUUGCUGCGCCCAGAUGCCGCGCCAGCAGAAACUCGGUUGACGCCUUAGGCCUGCCACUGCUUGGUCUCGCCUCCUGGGCCGGCCAGCUGGCUCAGCUCCCGGCCGAACCAGAUCCGACGCUCUCUUUGCUUGGUUUUCGGCGACGAGGCUUCGGGUAGGGGUCAAUAGGUCCAACGUUAACGUAAGCAGAUGAUGCUACUCCAGAUGAAACUCGGGCUCAGUCACCAUCGCAUAUCACAGAGAAGCUGUCCUCCUUGUUCAUCAAGCCGGUGCCCGCUCUUUCGCUCCGCCCCUGCACAUUGGCCUAUCGCGGAUCAUUGCCCUCGACAACAUGCUGUACGAGUUCUUGAGCCUUGUUCCCUACCUCGGCCUCAUGAUGAUCCACGUGUUCUUUCUCGCCGAGUCGUCAAGCUCGCCUAGGCCCGCUGAUGUCCACGAGAGAAGCCUUGACCUCCAGCGCCAGAUCCGCAAGUCCUGGCCUCAAUCGCCAUCGGUUGCGCCACGCCCGUCAUGGCCAUCGAAGCCGUCCUCCGUCGCCAACGUUCCUCUCUCCUCGCUCCGGGCCCAUCCAGUACAGCAUGACGACAAAGGUUGUUCCUCAA